AUGGAAACAGCCUCCUCCAGUUCAAAUGAAUCUAUCAAAUUCAGUAAUCUUGCAGUGAGGAAAAAAUCAGAAGAACUAGAAAUUGGACGUGGCAUUCGAUCAAGUUUGGUAUCUUGGAAACCACUGUGCUCUUCUGGUGACAAUGCUGGCUCCUAUGAGCCUGAAAUACCACUGGAAUCCAGUACAUCUGUUGAUAACUUCUCCACAUCAGAGUUAGAUGGUGAGGAAAUCAUUGUACAGGAACCUGGACAGAAUACUGAAGAUGUAUCUUGGCUGUCUGGAGGACAAAUUGGUUCACGAAAUUCUAUUUUGAUAUUCAGGAGUUCAGCUCUCGCCAAUGCUACAGAUUAUUCAGUACAGAAAAAACCUGCUCAUAUAUUACACAUCACUUACAAAGUACUCCAAGCAGAAACAAAACUUCUGGCAAAAUUGCUAGAAUGCCAUGGAAUAAAAGAGGUGGUGAAUAAUUCUUCAGAUUUCAACUUACUUUGGACAGGCUCUCAUCCAAAACCUGGAAUUUUGAGAUCACUGGCCCCUCAUCAAAGAGUUAACCAUUUUCCUAGAUCAUAUGAAUUAACACGCAAAGAUCGUCUUUAUAAGAAUAUAGAGAGAAUGCAGUUAACAAAAGGUUACAAGCAUUUUGAUUUCAUACCUCAAACAUUUGUCAUGCCUCUGGAACAUAGAGAACUAUGUACAGCCCAUCAUAGGAUAAAAGGACCAUGGAUUGUUAAACCAGUUGCCUCUAGCAGAGGACGAGGUAUUUUCUUAGUUGAAAAUCCAAAUCAAGUGCCUCUAGAAGAGCCAGUUGUUGUAGCAAAAUACAUUUCUAAUCCCCUUUUAAUUGCUGGCCACAAAUGUGAUUUGAGACUCUAUGUAGCAGUCACCAGCUUUGAUCCAUUAUUGAUUUAUAUUUAUGAAGAGGGCUUGGUGAGAUUUGCUACUGUAAAAUAUGAUUCUAGUCAUAAACAGCUAUGGAAUCCAUGCAUGCAUCUUUGUAAUUACAGUAUUAAUAAAUACCAUAGUGAUUAUGUUAAGUCUGAUGACCCCUCUGCUGAAAAUAUUGGGCACAAAUGGACAUUGAGUGCUCUACUGAGACACCUCAAAGCUGAAGGUAAAGAUACACUAUUUCUGAUGUCACAAAUAGAAGACCUAAUAAUUAAAGCCAUUCUUGCUUCAGCAAACUCAAUUAUAUCAGCAUGUAAAAUGUUUGUUCCCUACAGCAAUAACUGUUUUGAAUUAUAUGGUUUUGAUAUUUUAAUUGAUAAGAAUCUCAAACCUUGGUUAUUAGAAGUGAACCUUUCACCAUCCCUGAACUGUGAUAGUCCAUUAGAUGUAAGAUUAAAAUCAGCUAUGCUGGCAGAUCUUUUAACAUUAGUUGGUGUCCCUGCUGUUGAUCCAGUUAUCAGGGUUAUCCCAACCCCAGUUAACAAGAGAAAUCAAAGUUUGAAGAUGAAAUUCAACCAUUGCCGAAGAAUUCAUUCAGCUGAUGGGCUCAACAAUUCUCACCAUAAGCAUCAAAGUACUUCUUCAACAAGUACGAUAUCUUAUCAAUUAUCACCUGAAGAAUCAAGAAUCAUUAGGUCUGCCACAACCCAGUUUGAAAGAAGGGGAGGUUUUGUAAGAAUUUUUCCAGCUAUAGACAGUUGGGCAAAAUACUCACAGUACUUAGAUCCAACUACUGGUAUUCCUAUAUCUGGCACACCAUCCAGUAGUUAUGGCAUCAAUGUUUCACACAAUUACAAUCUCAUCCUUCAUAAACACUUUUUUCCUGGCAUCAUCACUAUAUCAAAAAAUAUUGACCGAUCUCUCACAAGAACCAAAUCUACUGAUAGAAAAAGUAAUUUGCAUAAUAAUUAUUCCUUGGUGGAUAGUGGUGGAUUGACUGGACGGCAUGAUAGGUAUGAGAGAAUGUUGAAACAAGGCCAUAAAGCAAAUACUGUUUCCAAAAAAUCAAUAAAAACCACACACAAAAUAGAAUUGAAAGAUAAAGUUAUGGAAAUGUUGAAAAGUGGCAAGAAAAUAUCACAGUGUGAAGCAAGAAAAACAUUCAGUCAAUAUUUGAUUUGUAUAUUGAAGAGAAUUGUUUCAGGUCCUGAAGAGAAAGAUUAUGUAGAAGUUGUUUUGAAGUUCUUGCAAAGAGCAUCAAAUUUUUUAAGGAGUUCAUAUAGUAUGAGUCCUCCAAAUACCAAGUUGGAUUAUAAAGCAAGAGCAGCUAUUGUAGCAAAACAGCUAAAUGAUUUUUUGUACAUUUAUAACAAAGAAACUGAACUGUUCAUUGUGAAAAAUGAGAAAAUAAAUCAUGUACCUUCAAAGCUUUAUGAACAGUUUCUUGAGUGUGCUGAAGAAGAUGAUUUAGAAGAGGUAUUGAUCCAUCAGACAAAUCAGAAUAUGUCAAACCAGAGCAUGACAACAGGAUUUCGAGGUAUUUUGAAAUGCAUACCAAAUGCACCUAGAUCACAUGGCCUGAAGGCUCCAUUAACUAGUAAGAACAAGCAUUUGAACAUUGCUUCAAUUUCAUGA